GGCGUCUGUUCCCAUGGUGCUUUGCGCGCAGGUGUCAUGGCGGCUCUCUAGUCAGUAUCAGUGCGGGCGUUUAUUAUUGUUAACGAAGCGCCUUAAUUCUUCUUCUGAUGUAUGUAACAAAUCUAAGGGAUUAUCUGACUUUAUCGCGGACGCACUAAUACCUCUUCAGGGCACGCCGAACGCUUACAGAAGCAGUUUAUUUACUCAAAAGCUAAGAUACGCUAGCAUCUGUGUAUGAAGUGAGUUUGUAAACUCGGAAUAACUCAUAAAACGGAUCAUACACGCGCUUAUAAACUCUUUUCCACCACUAAUCGAUUUCGAAACGAAGACUAUGAGCACACAGUACAGUAUACUAUUCAAGCAGGAGCAUGCUCAUGAAGAUGCCAUCUGGACAGCGGCAUGGGGUCGCAGCGAGAAGGACGGGUCAGAAACCAUCGUGACCGGAUCUUUGGACGACCUGGUAAAAGUGUGGAAAUGGUCGGACGAAAAGCUGGAGCUGCAGUGGACGCUGGAGGGUCACCAGCUGGGUGUGGUGUCGGUGGACAUCAGUCAGAACGGAGCAAUCGCCGCCUCCACCUCUCUUGACGCUCACAUUCGACUCUGGGACCUGGAGACUGGUAAACAGAUAAAGUCCAUGGACGCGGGUCCAGUUGACGCUUGGGCGGUCGCCUUUUCUCCUGACUCCAAAUACAUCGCCACUGGCAGCCAUCUAGGGAAGGUCAACAUCUUCGGCGUGGAAAGCGGGAAAAAGGAGUACUCGCUGGACACCAGAGGGAAAUUCAUUCUGAGCAUCGCCUAUAGUCCAGACGGAAAGCACUUAGCCAGCGGUGCAAUAGACGGAAUCAUUAAUAUAUUUGAUAUUGCGACUGGGAAACUCCUGCACACGCUGGAAGGUCACGCGAUGCCUAUCAGGUCUCUGACCUUUUCUCCAGACUCUCAGCUGCUGGUUACCGCAUCAGACGAUGGCUACAUCAAGAUUUAUGACGUGCAACACGCUAACCUGGCCGGGACACUCAGCGGUCACGGGUCCUGGGUCCUGAACGUGGCCUUUUCACCCGACGAUACGCACUUUGUGUCCAGUUCAUCUGAUAAGAGUGUGAAGGUGUGGGACACAAGCAGCAGAUCAUGUGUGAACACGUUCUUUGAUCAUCAGGACCAGGUUUGGAGUGUGAAAUACAACCCCACAGGCUCAAAAAUCGUCUCUGCCGGUGAUGACCGAGCCAUUCACAUUUACGACUGUCCGAAGUGAAGCUCUGAUAGCCACACCCACUCAAGACCACAACAUGCAUGCAAAUGAUUUUUUAUUUCAUAGUUUCAUUGCAAUGUCAACAUCUAUAUAUGGUGAUACAAUUAAAUGUUGUUUUUUUUCUAAAAAAC